AUGAUAAAUAGUAACAAUGAAUGCGACGAAAAUGUUGCAUUUUUCAAAUUGCAACCCUACAUGGCCAAUAAAUCUGGAGAAGGGAACCUUCGAGAAGACGAUGGAAAUGAAAACGUUAUCCAAGAUUCUGAAGAAUAUGUAACAUUUGCAGAGGUAGACGGUGAAAAUGUAGAAGAAAUGAAUAUACAGCAGCAAGAGGAAACAGAGGAUGAAGCCCAAUCACAAAAACUUCCACAAACGUUGCAUCCGAGGGCAGCUGAAACCCCGACAUCAAAUACAACCCUAAAAUCAGCUAAAACAUUUAAGAAAGAUAAUGUCACUGCCCUGCUGUAA